AUGGCAGCACACACCGCAUCCAGGAUCAUCCAGCUGUGCGUCUCUCUGUACAUGCAGAUGCUGGAAGUAGUGCAAGGUGAAGUUUUGACAGUACAAAACCACAUGGACCUUGGCAAAUUCCUGCCUAACAUCACUGAGGGAAGUCUCAGGAAGGUGGCGUGCGCGGCUGGUGUGCUGCUUUUAAGUUCAGCCGGCUUGAUUUAUUACCGGCGUUGGCGCAGAGCCAACCCGCCACCUGAGCUCUCUCAGCCGGCUACGAAUGACGACGAAGAAAGACUGGACGGGACCAGUGAUCCUCAGGUCGACACGCCAAACUGGCAACUGGUGGCCGCUGACCCGCUGCCCACAGAGGAAGCCGUGAUUCCGCAUUCUGGCAACUGCGAACUGCAGAGCGCAUCCAGAAUAAUCCGGUUCCUCUCGAGCGAACAUCACCGUUCUCAGUCUGAGUCAGUGCAGCUCAGACGAUGCUCUGUGUGCGUGGUACAAGGCUCAGAGAUCCAGCAGUGGUGGUUCACCACUGCUGACACCUGCCGUGUUAAUCAUCUGGGCUUCCCCUACUACACCGCCGGUGAGGUUUCUUUCACCGGCAUACAGAGUAUUUCUGGAACGGUGACUGCUUUCGUGUCCUGUCGCCGCUUGGAGACCCUGGUGAAUGUCCUGCUGGAGGACCGUGUGCAAAGCUUCCACGAGGUGACCAGGGACUGCAGGCAGCUGUGGGCCGACGGACAGGAGGACGCCGCUCACUGCGUGAAGAGCUCCACCUUUUAUACGCCGGACAUGGACUCCGAGACCGACUCUGAGGGCAGUGAGGAGAGUCUGUCUCCUGAGGAGAGCGAGGUGCCAUUUAUCAGCUGCCACCUCCAAGACUGCGGCAUCACAGGCGUCGCCCUGAAGCUGCCUGCGCUCCGUGAGGCGUUCUCUACCCUGUUGACCAGCGUUCACCUCCAGAACUUGCUGUUUGUGAGCGGCAAAGAGCUGGUGAUGCACCUAGCAGCUCUGAACAAGCAGGAUGUGCUGGAGGUGCAGCUUUCCUACGAGGCUCUGAUUCGCUUCCUAAAAGGAGCAGCCAAUCAGAGCUCAGUCGAGCUGGAGAUGCUGGAGGUACAGCUACACUUGAACUUUCUGGACGUGCUGUAUGAGCUCGUCCUCUUCGGCUGGUUCCUGUACGACUCUGCGCCAGAGUUUAUGGAUGGAGGAUUCUUGGACCAACUUUUCCAGCACAUCAUGAGUUGGGACCCUGAGAUCUGGGAGCCUGUAGCCCAGCGGUGCUUCACGGUUCUUCAGGAUCAGCUGACUGAGUUCCUCCGAGUGGUUUUCUCGCAGCCCCUAGAGCUUUAUGAAGAUCCUAAAGGCCUGGCUCUUGUGGUGCUGGAGCUCCUGAAGCGGCACGUCCGGCAGAUGCUGCAGACCACGAAGAAAUACUGA